GCCCAGCCCCAGCCAGGCUCGAAAACCCACCCCAGACCCACCCACCAGCCACCACUUUGGUUGUCCUGCCUGCCUGCCUGCGGCGUUCCAAGUGUUUCUUGGCUCGCCGUCCGUUCUGCAUAGCCCCGGCCCGCCUUGCACUUCCUCUCUCCGCUCUCGUCCUAAUUCAUUCCGACUACUACAAACCAACUACUCGACAUCCGCGGCUGAUGCCCAACACUGCAUCGCUCGCAUCGCUCGCAUCUCGCAUUCCACAGUGACAGUCACCCACCCACCCCCCACCACCUCCCUCGUCUCACUCGACCCAUCACUCAUAUCCCAUCACCCAACCCACCCACCCAUCAACCAAACGCCAGAGCCCCGCGCGCGCGCCCAAACGCCCCCCAGCCAGCCGCCCACACGGACGAUCCAGGCAUCAAGCAGCAACGAGCCGAGCGGCUCAACCCCUACCCACCUUACAUGACACUGUCGACUCUCCCCCGACCACCCCCACACAGCCCCUAGUCCGCACCAGCACCAUCAGCAGCAGCACACAAACCAAGCAGCAGCACAGUGGGAAGGCGCCGGCGCCGGACACUUGAAUCCUACACAAAACACGAGGUCGCUGGCCGGCCAUGCUCAUCCUCCCUCCUCGGAGGCCCGCGCCUGGCGCCCCAGACGCCGCGACAAAUCCUCGCCGACCACGGCGGAGACCACUCGCCGCCGCCGCCGACGCACCCCCGCCCCGCGCGACCCGCGCAAAGCGACAACAGAACGACCAGGGGCAAAACCAACAACAACCACAACAACCUCCGCCUUCCCCUGCGCCGACCCCCGUGCCGCCAACACCAGCAGGUGCGCCCCCACCAGAAACGACGACAAAGCCCAUCGUCCACGGCCUCCAGCAGCCCGCGCCUUCGCCAGAAGGCAACGGUGCCGGCGGAGCCGGAGUCCAAGCCUUUACCUUCACUGCUGAGGAGGCCCCCGCCGGGCCUUACACCAACACACCAGCACCUCCUCCCGGCGCAUCCCCAUCAGCGCCUGGUGGUGCCGCUGCCGAUGCCGCCCCGAGCACCGGAGGAGGAGCUGCUGGCAACAGCGCGCCGCCUAACGGGUCUCCCUCUGACCCGGCUGGCGGCGGCGCAGGGGGCUCGAACUCGAACCCUCCUCCAGGAGCGAGCACGCCCGUCACGGGAGGGGCCAACGGCUCUAGCGUGUUUACGGCCUCUGGCAACUCGUCCACCUCGUCCUUUACAAGAACAAUGCCGUGGACGUACUCGCCGUCGCCGCCCACCAAAACCACGUCGGGCAAGGGCGCAUCACAGACCACCUUUGUGCCCGGGCACGUCUACAACCUCACCCUCGGCGGCAGCACCGACUCGUCUGCCGUCUACUCGCUCCCCAUGUCGUUUGGGCACAACGGCGGGUCUUCGCGGAAACGCGGGCCCGAUUGGGACGGCGUCUCCCCACAAGUAGUCAACAUGCAGAUCGACCUCGGCUCGUCGGAUAUGUGGGUCGCAGCAGAUACCUGCAACACGGUCAACUGCAAAUCUGCUUCGUCACUCUACAACACGUCCCAAUCGAUGGACACCGACACGGCGAUUGGCCUCAAUUACCAGACGGGCUCAGUUGCGGGCAACGUCUUCUGGGAGCAGGUCACGUUUGGCUCGUUUUCAAUUGGCUGGCAGGCGUUCGUCGCCGCCUCGACAGUCUAUAACGAGGACCUGGGCGGCGGCAACUUUGGUGGUCUCAUCGGUCUGGCAUUCCCUCAGAACUCGAUCAUCCUGUCCAAGAUUCCCGCCGGAACUUCGUCCCAGCCUGACGGCGCGACCUUCCUCGACAACCUGUUUGGCUCGGGAGCGUCAGCGCCCUCGCAGCGUUUCUUCUCGCUGUCGCUUGAGCGGCGAGAGGAUGUGCGCACGGCAUCGACAUUUGGCAUCGGUGCGCUGUCGACCAGAGUCUGCCCCGGACAGUGUGCACCAAACUAUGUCCAGGUCAUCCCGGCCCCCAACCUCGGGAAAACUGGUUUCCUCCACUGGCGCGUGCAGAUUGAUGGCAUCAAGGCGACCAAGUUUGCCGACGAGAAGAACGGUGCUGGCCCUACGACGACGAACAUUACUCUUGGGCCGAGCCAGGUCGACUCGACCCGCCGGACACCUCUUGCGAUUGUCGACUCAGGUGGCCUCGCCACGCUCGUCGGCAACAAGGCAUUCGCAGACAACAUCUACGCACCGUUCGGCGUCAAGGCCAGCAGCGACGGACUCUACCGCAUGUCGUGCAACACGCCCAUCGCAUUAACAGUCUCCAUUGGCGGAUUCGAGUACCCGGUCCACCCGCUGGACAUGUCGUACGUGGACCCCAGCGACCCGACCCAGUCCCAAUGUAUCGGCGCGGUGCAGGUCGCGCCGCUAGCCAACAAUGCCGACUUUGUCCUGGGCUCGUCGUUCCUCAAGAACGUCUACUCGGUCUUCCAGUACCCUGACGCGAGCAAGGGCGCAUGGCAGCCCACGGUCGGGUUCGUGUCCCUCACCAAUCCCAGCACCGCUGCCAAAGACUUCUACGCCGUGCGUAACCUCCGCCAGUCGCUCUCCGACGUGUCAAACGGCAAUGGUGGCGGCGCGCCUCCCAGCCCCGGCGCAGGUAGCCCAGCAGCCCAGCACCGUGUCGUCUCUACGGCCAUCAUUGCCGCGUGCUCCGUCAUUGGAUUCUUCGUACUCGCCGCGGCUGCCUUCUGCGCGUGGUGGUUCUGGCUACGACGCAAGCUCGGCGCGACCGGAAUCGUCGAGUACAAGAUGGCCAAUAUGAACGGCGGAAGCAGCCCGUCGGACCAGGGCAUCUCGACCGUCCGGAGCCGGAAGCACGAGGCGACCCACCGCCAAAAGAGCAUGGUCGAAGGAUACUCGGACUACGACAUGGAGAGCUGGCGCUCGACCAACAACAGCGCUGAGGACUCGAUCCGGCUCUCAAUGCCUCGCGUAACCGAGGAGUUUGGCGAGCAACACCUCCCCGACGGGCUCUCGAACCACACACGUGGCUCGAGUAUCCACCAGAGCCUGUUGUUGGCGGACCACGGACCGCCUCUUGGCUCGCCAACGUCUGACAUGACCCCGGGUGUCAACACACCCCGGCGGGCAAGCUCGCACAUGAGCGUUCAGAUCUCUCCAGGGGCCACUGGCCGACUCGUCGACCUCCCCAGCUCCCCGCCGCCGCCAUUGGGGCAGACCUCGCCCAGACCUUCGUUUGUCAACAUGCCCAAGUCGCCGUCGCAGCGCUCGACAAUGACCCUGUCCAUGUCCGGUCCCUUCCCCACCAGACCGACGAGCAUGCAGUCGAGCGACUACGAGUACUUCUCCAUGUUGCCCGUUCCCACUCCAGAAGACAGGGAACAAGGGGGCCACACGCGGACACCGCUGAGCACGAGCUCGCUCCACCGCAUGUCAACGCCAUAACACGGACACUCUCACUCUCAAUCUCACUUUCUUGCUCGCCCUCGCGGCGGCCAGUCUGUACGCCUUUCCUUUUUUUCCUUUUCUAUGAUCUCAGGGCCUUGUGUACAACUGUAACUCUGUACUGCUACCAGCACCCACAACAUCACCACCAACCCACCACCACCACCACAAUGGACACUUUCGGCACGUAUUAGCACAGCUCGCUUUGUACCUGUACAACAAUUACAUGUCAAAUGCUUUCAAAGGGCGUCUAGUUAAA